AUGGAGCUCCUGCUGGAGCGGACGGACCUCGUCCAGGUGGGCACGGUGUCCUACCGCAACACGAUGAAGCUGAUCAGCGGCGGCAAGAGCGGGCGCCAGCGCCUCGUCGUCGGCGACGACCUCGGCUACGUCGAGUGCUUCGAGAUCAAGAAGGGCGAGCCCCAGUCCGUGUUCAAGCAGCGCGUGUCCACGGAGGGCCCCGUCAUGGCCCUCGCCAUCGGCGGCGUCGCGGGGAAGAACGACCGCGUCUUCGCCGCGCAAUCGCAGACGAUCGUCGGGUUGAAACGAAAGGGCGCGCAGUGCUUCAAGAUGCAGAGCUCGCUCGUGGAGCCCAUCCACCACAUGGCCGUCGACGAGUCGCUCCUCUUCACGGGCUGCGAGUACGUCUACAACCGCUACGACGACGGCCGCGACGACGGCUUCUUCAUGUGCCACGACAAGAUCAACGCCAUGGUCGUGCGGCCCAAGCCCGGCGGCGGCGGCCACCGCGUCGUGCUCGGGUGCCAGGAUAGGUGCGUGCGCGUCGUCGUCGGGUCGGAGCUCGAGCGGGAGAUGAAGAUGGACGCGCCCGUGACCGCGCUGUGCCUCUACCGGGGCCCCGAGGGCGGCGCGGGCCCCGCGGCCGCGGACGGCGAGCACGCGGACCUGGUGGCGGCGGCGCAGGACCCGGCGGCCCUCGAGGUCUGCUUCGGCACGGAGUCCGGGGGCGUCGGGCUGCUGCGCAUCGGGAGCGAGGGCAAGUACUCGGGCGUCGUCUGGCACGUCGAGGACACCAAGGCGCUCCACAGCCGCGUGAACUGCAUCGACGUCUUCGACGUCACGCACGACGGCAUCCCCGACGUCGUCGUCGGCCGCGCCGACGGCCGCGUCCAGGUCUACAGCUUCGACGUGUCGCCCGUGCCGCUCGUGCAGUUCGAGGCGAACCUCAACGAGGCGAUCCACAGCCUCUGCUGCGGGUCCGUGAGCUCGACGGGCUUCGACGAGAUCGUCUGCUGCACCUUCGCGGGGCGCGUCGCGUCCUUCAGCAACGAGCCGCUCCGCGAGCCCCGGAGCCCGGGCAGGGGCGGCGCGCCGGGCAAGACCGUCGCGGAGGACCGCACGGACAACCGCCUCGCGGCGCUCAAGGAGGACGUCGCGGCCCUCGCGAAGAAGAUCGAGCGCGAGCGCGCGCGGUUCCAGGACCUGGACGCGCCCUUCGCGCCCUGCCGGCCCACGUUCGAGCCGCACGCGGACUUCUUCCUGGACCCGGAGGCCGCGUGCUACGUCGUCACCAUCGAGCUGCCCGUGCCCGUGGACCUCGUGUCCGUCAAGUCGUCCGUGCGCGUCGAGCUUUUGGAGACGGCGCUGAACACGUCCAUCGUGAGCCGGAGCCCCGUGGACCCGCGCCACGAGACCGCGAAGGAGCCCAUCGUGCUCCUCGCGACGUUCCGCUGCCAGGAGGCGACGAACGCGCUGAGCUUCAAGGUGCGCACGGUCGAGGGCGAGCCGGGGGACAUCGCCGCCGUCGUCGUCGCCCGGGGCACGCCCAAGUCCGCGCAGGUCGUCCACCUCCGCAUCAAGGCGCUGUCGCUCCACCGCCGCAUCCACGAGCUCAGCGACGACGAGGUCAGGCUGCCCAAGAACGUGCUCCGCCUCGAGGGCCGCUUCUCGGCGCAGCAGAUCCACGACUGGCUCGGGGGCUGCCUCCCCGAGGUGCCCCCGCGGACGCAGCCCCGGGAGGUCAUGGCGCACCGCAUGUGCUUCCGCAACGUCUACACCGCGGGCGUGCUCGAGUGCGACUACGAGGCGGGCCGCGCGCGCAUCUGCUCCGACAGCAUCAGCGCCAUCACGAUCCUCAAGGAGCACAUCUCGCGCGAGGCCGUGCGCCUCCGCGUCGAGGUCCACGACACGAUCUCCAUCGACGAGCAGACCGUGGCCCACUUCCUCGCGUUGAUGCACCCGAAGCUCGACCACCAGCUCAAGCUCGCGGAGCAGGUGCUGCUCAUCGACGCCAUCAAGGAGAUCCACUCGUCGGAGGAGGACACGCGCUGGCUCUCCGAGGACUACAAGUUCAUCCACGACCACGCGGAGGAGCUCCGCGCGGAGUUUGCGGAGAGCCCGACGUCGCUCCAGUACAUGGCGGGCAUCAUCACGGACUUCUUCGUGGACCGCAUGAAGUUCUGCGGCAUCGACGCCCGCCACAAGAUCCCCCAGCUCGAGAACCUGCUCAACGCGAAGAACUACGACUUCGACAAGCUCCUCGAGUUCUUCAACCCGGCCCUCCACCGCGGCUAG